AUCUUUAAAUCAUUUUUACAUCAACACACAUCUCUGAUACAGCUGGACGGCUUUCAAAGUUAACAGCAUCUACGCAGCAGAAGAAUUAAAAAGACUUUUUGAACUUUCUGCAUCUAAUAUAUCUGAGCUUUUCUUUAGAAGGAUGAACUGCAAAUUCUUUGUCGUCACAAUUAUUGUCUUUGUGGCAAUUCUGGCCGUUGGUGAAGGUCUGGGAGUAGAUCAACGCUGUCGCUGCAUUGAAACAGAAAAACGACGCAUGGGUAAAUUAAUAGAGAAGGUUGAAAUCUUUCCACCCAACUCCCACUGCAAAGACACAGAAGUUAUUGCCACCCUGAAAGAAACUAAUCAGGAGAUCUGUCUAGACCCAGCUGCCCCUUGGGUUAUGAAAGUAAUCGAGAAGAUCUUGGCCAUCAAAUCACCAUGAACAUGUCAACCAGCCGUCACGAAAGAAUGUAGACCACACCAGUUUCUGCACAGCCACCGUUUAACUUUUUAUACAUUGUACAGCACUUUCCUUGUGUGUGUGUGUGUGUGUUUACAAAAUUGUUGAGAUUUGUAUAUGUAUGUAA